AAUGGAAGUGUUUUGUCUUCGAGGGACUUUUAAUGCGUGGUUUGGUUCAAGACAGUAGUAUAGUGUCAAAAUAAUCAAAUCCAACCAUGGCGCUCCAGUUUGUAUAUAGCAACCAGGACUUUUUCACCGAUGCCCGUCGGACCACUGGGAACAGUUUGGGAGUGGCGUUGCCUUCAACCAGUUUUGACAAAACUAUCCAAGCCGGCUGGACAGAAAGGAUGGAGAGGGGACUCUUCCGCUACCAUUUGGGUGACUUACAAACGCGCAUCCUACCGGGCCCACAUUGCUAUGUGGCCCAGUUAAAUAUACAGAGAGGAAUAGAGAGAAGAAAACCUCAGGAGAUACUGAGCAUUCAGCAGGAAUUCAACGCAAAGCAGUUUAAUUUUAACAAAAUCAAUCCAGAUGAAAUCAUAUUUGAGAUGUUAAAGGAUACUGUGGGAGGCGCAGCGUCACAUGAAAAUGGAAAGCAGUUGCUUCAACCCUGUAGGAUGGUGGUGCUAGUUAAUGUCAGCCCUUUGGAGUUUGGACAUUGUCUAUUUGUUCCAGAGCCAACGCGCUGUUUUCCGCAGGUCCUGACAACGUUCUCCAUCCAAGUCGGUAUUGAAUCUGUGCUCCUGAGCUCUGACCCAGGCUUUCGUAUGGGGUUCAACAGCCUUGGAGCUUUUGCAUCUGUCAAUCAUUUACACCUACAUGGAUAUUACCUGGAGCAUGAGCUCAAGAUAGAAUCUAUGCCAGUCAAGCCGCUUCUUCCUGAGAAGGGACUUUAUCGUCUCAUGGACUUCCCUGCAGGUUUUUUGUUUUACACAGAAUCAGACAGGGUAGAGUUAGUUGCCAGAGCCAUCUGCCAAGUCACUGACUUUCUCGUGGAUGGCAAUAUUGCCCACAACCUGUUCUUAACCAGAGGAUGUCCACCCUGUGAUCACAUACAGAGAGAAAAGGAUUGCAGCUCAAGAAAAGGUGUGCGUAUUGCUUUAUGGCCCAGAAUAUCCUGCUUUGGUGCCAAAGAAGAGUCUGCUUUCAAUGUUGCUCUUUGUGAGCUCGCUGGGCAUUUACCAUUUAAGAACAAAGGGGACUAUGAGCUCAUAGCUGAGAAAGAUGUUGUAGAUAUCAUUCAGAAGUAUCUCCUGCCUGAUGCAGAUUUUCUUCGGUUGGAACAGCAACUUAUUCAUCAUGUAAUGGAUUUAUAAUGUAUGAACAACACCAUCAACUAUCCUCUGCUAUCCUCUAACUAUAUUUCAUAGCA